CCAUACAUGGAAUCUUCACGAAACUAAACAGCCACAAACUGGAAAUGUUGAUUUGGGUCAUUCUACACAACAUGUUGUCCGUAGAAACAUGCGCUCAGCGAUUUUUUUCCUUCGAGUCCUUCAAGCUUGGACCUGUUUACACAGUGCAAAACAUCAUAGCAGGCACAGUAGAAGGAUUUAACCCGUUACAAGAUGUUCUGGUGACAGGAAACUUGGAUAAGAGUACGGAGUCCAUGGUGUGCAAGAUUGAGCCAUUGAAAAUAUUGAAACAACACGCGGAAGCUGAAUUAAAGACGUUUAAUACACCAAAGGAACGUGUAGAGGACAUUACCGAGAUGAUUUUGUCGAUGUGUGUGCCCUGCGUUGAAAGGAGUGAGGUUGAUGAAGAUUGGGAAGACUCAGUUUGUUCAAAGAUAAAAAAUUUAUUUGCGGAGAGUAAGAAGCCGCUUCGUUUGCCUCCUGGAGGAUACGAAGAAGCCAUGCAAAUGAAAUUUGAAGGAGAAAGUGCGUUGUUUUCGAAUGAAACUGCGGAAGAGAUGAAGCGCACACUUAAAGCUCAUUACAUGCUGGCGGGAGGCCUUACAGAUGACUUUCAAAGAUUGUCCGAGGAGCUGAGAGAGAGAGAGGAAGAACAAAUUUGCAUUGUACAAGAAGACAUAGAAACAAGAGACAGUCAUUUCCAAGACGAGCCAAACGUUCCAAUGAAUGAAACAAUAGAGACUGCUGCGGAAAUUGAAGAGUUUGGUGGAUUCAUGACUGACUACGCACAGUCAGCUCCGACUCUUUCGUAUGGACAAUUCAGAGUCGAGGAGCUUCUAUUACGUGAAAGUUUGGAGAGGGAAGCUAAGUCACGCAGAAAAUGGCAAUGUAAAGACUAUACUAAGGCUGCAAUUGGAUGCAGUGCAUUGGCUGUUGUGUUAUUUGGUGCUUAUAGAUUCAUCAGACGUUGAGUAGUACCUAUGGAUUUUCACGACAAGACGAGAGUUAUCGCCAUGAAGACUUACUUUAGUUUGUCUUAUUUUUUG